GCGUCCGCCAGGCAAUCCUCCUCAACCUCAUUUUAGCUCCCCCACGGGCCGAAGAACAAGAGUCCGUCGCCGCUGCACGUGCGUCCGCCGAGCCCUCGCCAUAGAUCUUAGCCUCUUCACAGCUACCUCAGCAUGGUUGUCCUCUCUGCAGCGCUCUUGGCCAAGAAUGGCAAAGUCAUGGUCGCCCGCCAAUUCGUCGAGGUGUCCCGGAUCCGACUGGAGGGUCUCUUGACAGCGUUCCCGAAGCUCUUGGCGAGCGAGUCGCGCCAGCACACGUUUAUCGACACGGAGAGCGUGCGCUACGUGUACCAGCCGAUCGAGAACUUUUUCCUGCUCUUGAUCACCAACAAGACGAGCAACAUUGUCGAGGAUCUGCACACGAUGCAGCUCAUGGCGAAGCUCGUGCCCGACAUUUGCGGCCCGCUCACGGAAGCCCACAUCCGCGAGAAGCAGUUUGACCUCGUCUUUGGCUUUGACGAGCUCCUCAACGCCGGCGGCCACUCGGAAAACAUCAACCUCGCGCAGAUCCGCACCAACAUGGAGAUGGAGUCGCACGAAGAGAAGCUCCAUUUGAUGAUCCAGAAGACCAAGCAAGAGAACGCGAUCGCUGACAUGAAGCGCCAGCAGCAGCGCAUCAAGGAAGAGCAGCGCGAGAAGGCGCGCAUGGAAAAGGCUGCGGGCAUGUCGUCGCCCUUCAACCGCAACGCGUCGUCGUCGGCGUACGGCGGCUUUGGCAGCAGCAGCAGCGGCUUUGCGUCGCCAUCGGCGUCAUCGAGCACGUUCAAGUCGCCCGAACCGACGUACACGGAAGCGCCCAAGCUCUCGGUCGCCACGUCCAAGACGUCGGGCAUGAAGCUCGGCGGCUCCAAGCCCGGCAACAGCUUCCUCGACGCCAUGGCGGCCGAGGACGACCUCAAGGAAAUCCCCCCGAUGGCGAUGGCGGCCGCCAGCAUGCCUGCGCCGUCGGCCAAGCCCGAGCCCGCGGCUGCCGUGAGCAUGGAGCCGGUCGGGAUCGCGAUCGAAGAGAAGAUUUCCGUGUCGCUCAACCGCGACGGCGCCGUCGAGCAGCUCGAGGUCAAGGGCUCCUUGUACGUCGCGGGCAACGACCCGGAGGCGGCGGUGUGCCGCCUCCACUUGCGCCACUCGAACGCCAACGGCAUCAAUUUUCAGACGCACCCCAAGGUCGACAAGAAGCUCUUUGAAGCGCAGUCCAUCUUGGCCCUCAAGGACGACUCGAAGCCGUUCCCGCCGUCGCGCGUCGCCGUCCUGCGCUGGGCCAUCAAGACGCAAGACGAGACGUUCCUGCCACUCAACAUUACGUGCUGGCCCGAAGAGGAAGGCAACGGCAAGAUGACUGUGAGCCUCGAGUACUCUAUGGACCGCAACAUGACGCUCGAGAACGUCAACAUUGUCAUCCCGCUCGGCGCGACCGACCUCCCGGCCGUCUCGCACAUUGACGGCGACUACCGGCACAACGCGGCCGACGGCGCGCUCCUCUGGCACCUCGACUCGAUCUCGGGCGCAAAUAGCUCGGGCUCGCUCGAGUUUUCGAUCCGGGGCACCGACCUUGACGCGUUCUUCCCCAUCUCGGUCUCAUUCUUCUCGCGCUCGAUCUACUGCGACUUGAGCGUCGACUCGGUCCUCCGCAUUGCCGACAACGCGCCGGUCAAGUACGGCUUUGACCAGCUGCUCUCGACCGACGCGUACGUUGUGCAGUAAGCCUUCAUCUAAGCCGCUGGACAAGAAGCCGUUGUUGUUAUCUG